GGACCAAUCUUUAUGAGAAACAUAACAGAAACUUAUAUUCUUCCACAGAUUUAGCAUCUCUUCUGGACUUCAUCUUAAAACCCAUGGAAUCAAAUAGAGCUAUCACAACCAUUUGUAUUCUCCUUUGUCUCUUUCUCUCGGCCAGCUUCUUCACUUAUUCUGUAGAUGCAAGAAAACUUGUGGGACUUGAGAGAGAAUCAAAGAAGAAGUCAAAGAAGCUGAUCAUCAAAGCAUUAAAACAUACAUCAAUGUUAGAGAAAAUGAUGACACAACUCAAUCUAGCUCAGCCUUUGUAUUACUCAACAACAUCCUGCAACACUCAACCUAAUAGUGUUAGUGCAACUCUCACUCUAUCUCCCUAUGUUCCACUUGCCCCACUGUCAGUUCCCGAAAAUGCCUCUCCUUUUUGCGUCAAUCCUCCAAAUACUCCUCUAAACUCACCUCCUUCCUCCUCCUACCCUGAACUUAGCCCACCUCCAGGCCCAAUCAAUGUACCUAACCCAGCUGAAUCAUCUUCUAAUCCGAACUCGAACCCAAACACACCUGACUCCACCUCAAACCCAAACCCAAACUCAAUUCCAAACCCACCUGAAACAUCCUCCUCUAACCCGAACCCACCUGUUACCGUUCCUAACCCACCCGAAUCAUCUUCUAACCCAAACCCACCAGAAUCAUCGUUAAACCCCAACCCACCCGUUACAGUCCCAAACCCACCGGACAUUUCCAGUCCAAACCCGCCAGAGACAGUUCCUAGCCCUUCAGUACCAGGCCCAUCAGGACCCAUUUCAGGCCCACCUUACUCCGAGCAAGGCCCAUCAACCCCGACCGACACUCCUACACCGUCUGGUAAUAUUCCAACCCCAUCAUCAGGGUUUUUACCUCCGAUCGUCUAUCCGCCUCCUAUGGUACCACCGCCACCAAGCGUGACUCCGACCUCGGCUUACUGGUGCGUUGCUAAGCCUUCAGUGCCUGACCCAAUCAUCCAAGAAGCACUGAAUUUUGCAUGUGGGUCAGGCGCUGAUUGCCAUUCAAUUCAGCCCAAUGGGGCAUGCUUUAAACCCAAUACAUUGUGGGCCCAUGCUUCAUACGCCUUCAAUAGCUAUUGGCAGCGGACCAAAGGUUCUGGUGGGUCGUGCUCGUUCGGCGGCACCGGCAUGCUUGUCACCGUCGACCCAAGCUUUAAUGGGUGCCAUUUUGAUUUCUUCUAAAGUUCUAAUGCAUGAAGAUGAAGACGUCUCUCGUUUUUUAAUUUAUUUUUCAUGUGGAUACGAAUAAUAUCAACUAUGUUUUGAUACAUAUACUAU